AUGUUCCUAUCGUUCCGUAGAGAGAAUUCACAAUCUUCGAUCGACUUCUGCGAGCACACAUCAUCUGCCCUCUAUGAGUCUAAGACAAUUUUGCGAAACCAUUCCUCUACACCAUUUGAUAUUUUGAAGAUUUCUGAGCCGGACCUUCGAACUGCUUUGCUCCCCCCGCUGAUACUGAACCAGCCGACGCCUUGCAAUGCCGCCACAAAAAUGUUCAACGCACCAUCACUUAAAAGCUAA